AUGGCCAGGAAAUGGCUUGCAUUGAUGGAAAAUGUGGCUUUUGCCAUGGCUCGUAGAGCUCUGCUUCGAGCUCUUCCUCUUCUUAUGGUGACCGCCAUGGUCCCGAUCUUGCGUUAUUUGCAUGAGGUCGAACCCAUCGAUCUAUUUGUCUAUUUUAAAGAUUGUGGCCGCGAGACACGCUAUUUUCAUGAAAAACCCAAAUGGGUUUUCCCCCGAUUGCCAGUUGUCCCUGUUCUUCAAUUAAACAGGCUCUCGUCCUCUGUCAAAGAGAACCCAUGCGAGGAAAACACUUAUGUCCUGUACCAAGCUUUCCAGGAGCUCAUCAAUGAGAAAUUACUAAGCCAUAGAGCUAGGUCUCUCUGUGUUGGCGAGAAGUCCACCCCUGCUAUUUCUGCUCUUCAUAAACUGGGGUUUUCCAAUGCAAUUGGUAUUGAUAAGUACCCCCUUUUCUCUAUAGUGAGGAGAGGAGGCAUUUACAAGCUCCCAUUUAAGAAGAAUUCCUUCGAUUUCGUGUUUUCCGGGGCUCUGGAUAAGACCCUUGUCCCUGCCCUUUUGGUUCUUGAGAUGGAACGGGUUUUGAGGCCGGGCUCCAAUGGAGCAAUACUGGUCAGUGUCACAACUGCUACACCGACCAGUCUAAUUAAGACUGCUACACCAGUAAGCUCGUUUUUGAGGAAUUCUGAUAUCAUCAACAUUCGUCCAAUCGAUUCAUUCCUAUUGGUGAUAUUCACGAAGAAAGUUUUUAAUGGGUUGUCAUCAUUUGGGUUUAGGCUUCCCAAUGAGUGCCACUCUGUUGAAAACAACAAGCCAUUCAUGAAACUUUUGGAACCUCUUGUAGAGAACAAAAUGGUAGUGAAAACCCGGGAAAACAUUUCAUAUUUGGCAAAUUUGAUGGAUGUCACUGAUCGAGCUCGGUUCCUAUUCAUUAAUCUCGAUUCUGGGGAUUUCAAUUCUAGCCUUGCACAAUGGAAUCAAUCCCUUUAUCCUCUUGUUGCUGGGAAGUUUGAAACUUAUACAGUGGAUCAUUGUGGGUCCGUGGUUUCUUCUUUAGCAGAGAGCCCCACUAUACACCAUGAUUUAUCUGAAAAAGAGUCUUCUUCUAAACUUGUUCCACCAGAUGCGUUUGCUUCGUCUGCGAAGAAUGUAGCUCAAGGAAAUGCUUUUGUCCAUUGGUUCGAAAAAAAUAUUGUACCCAGAGAUUUUGUAGUUCUGAAAAUUAAUGUCAGGGUGAUGGGGAUGGAAUUUCUGCACAAAUUGUUCGAGUGUGGACUGAUAUGCCUGGUUGACGAGAUCUUUCUUCACUGCUCAAAUGGCACAAAUGAACAAAUUGCAGCUGCUGGAGAUUGCUGCUCCAAUGGUGCAAAUGAACAAAUUGCAGGUGCUGGAGAUUGUAUACAACUCUACAAGGACCUAAGGAACAAUGGUGUAUUUGUUCAUCAGUGGUAA